CUUAAGAAAUUAGUUCGAGUUCUAGAGGGCGGUUAAGUAUGGCGAUAUUUCUGCCAUCUGUAGGAGUAUAUUAUUGUGGAUCAGACAGUGUGAAAAAAAAAAAAUAACAUGGCAUUACGUACUUAUGGAGAUAAACCUAUAAGUUUUCAAGUGGAGGAAAAUGGAGAAUAUUAUUGUAUUGGCUCCGAAGUGGGCAAUUAUUUGCGGCUUUUCCGUGGUUCAUUAUAUAAACGUUACCCUGGUAUGUUCAGAAGAUCUAUAACUAAUGAUGAACGUAAAAAAUUGGUAGAACUUGGAUUAAGUCAACACGUUCUUGCAUCAAGCGUAUCACUUUUAAGAGCUAGCGAAGUAGAAGAUAUUAUCGAAGGUAAUGAUGACAAGUAUAAAGCCGUAUCUGUGCAUUCGACCGAACCCCCUGCUCCUAGAGAGGGAAAAUCUAAAAAGUCAAUGGCAUGGGUACCAAGUUUGCCAAACAGUUCACAUUUAGAUGCAGUACCACAAGCUACGCCUAUAAAUCGGAAUAGAGUUCAUAAUAAAAAAGUCAGAACAUUUCCACUGUGUUUUGAUGAUACAGAUCCAUCUGCAAAUUUAGAAAAUGCAGCACAACAGGAAAUGCUUGUUCCAAUACGCUUAGAUAUGGAAAUAGAAGGUCAAAAAUUAAGAGAUACUUUUACUUGGAAUAAAAAUGAAAGUCUUAUAACACCGGAGCAAUUUGCAGAGGUAUUAUGUGAUGAUCUAGAUUUAAAUCCAUUAACUUUUGUUCCUGCUAUAGCACAAGCUAUAAGACAACAAAUAGAAGCUUUCCCACAAGAAACAAUUUUAGAAGAACAAUGUGAUCAAAGAGUAAUAAUUAAAUUGAACAUACAUGUUGGUAAUACUUCCUUAGUAGAUCAAGUAGAAUGGGAUAUGUCAGAAAAAGAAAAUAAUCCUGAGAAGUUUGCAAUGAAAUUAUGUGCCGAAUUAGGACUUGGCGGAGAAUUUGUUACAGCUAUUGCUUAUAGCGUUCGUGGUCAAUUAUCGUGGCACCAAAGAACAUAUGCAUUUUCUGAAGCACCAUUACCGACAGUAGAAGUACCAUUUAGACCUCCUUCCGAAGCGGAUCAAUGGGCUCCCUUUUUAGAAACUUUAACUGAUGCAGAAAUGGAGAAGAAAAUAAGAGAUCAAGAUAGAAAUACACGACGUAUGCGAAGAUUAGCAAAUACCACACCAGGAUGGUAAAUAACAUGGACCAUAGUAUUAUUUAAGAUAAGGAAUAUUGUUUAUUUCAUAUAUUUGUUUACCUAGAACUGAA